AUGAAAGAUCCAUCCUCUUAUAGCCAUGACUCUAAUUCCAGUAUCAAGAAGAAGAGAGCCCAGAGCCAAACCUCCCUCAUUCCUUGUAAGAAGCCGCGGAGCACGACGGCGCCGCUACUCGAGUUGAAGCAUCUCGACGUCCCUCUCACGUCCCCGGCGACCGGUUCUCCGGUCAAUUUCAUCCGUCUCCACUCGGAUCGGCGUUACGUCAUCGGCCGGAGCCCCCGCCGCUGCGAUUUCGUCUUCGCCGACCGCCGCGUCGGGAGUCGGCAUUGCCAGGUUUUUUACGAUUCUUUUCAUCGGAAACUUUUUAUUGUCGAUGGAGCUUUGGUUUCGGUUUCUCAAUUUAGGAGUCAGAGCGGUGGCGGCGGCGGAGUAGUUAGGGCUUCGUUGAAUGGGGUGUUUGUGAAUGGGAUUAGGGUUAGGGGAAAUGAGGCGGUGGAGUUGACCGACGGAGACCAGGUCUCGUUUGCUUGUGGAACUGGAGAUUGUUGUAGUAAUCCGGUUAGGAUUGGAUUUGUGAUUCGUAAGAUUGUUUUUGAGGAAAUGUAUGUAUCAAAUAACUCCCAGGGAUCUGUAAUUGUAUCAAAUCCUAAGGGAUGUAAAAGGAUUUUUGCUUCUAGAGCCCACGUCGAUUCGUCUUCCCUCAUUACAAGAGCAAGCUUUCUCUUGAGUGAGUGCAGAAGGAUUUUGCGUAGCGAGGACCCUAUAGCUUACAUUAGGACACACUGUAGAUAUACUUUUGGCAAUGGAUUGAUUAUGGAUAAUGUGAUUCGAGCUUCGAGUUGUGAUAUUGGUAGAUCCGGAGUAAAGAGGAAAGGAUCAACGCUUUGUGAAACCUCACAGAUACCUUGCAAUGUGAAGAGUAAAGUGCAGUCAACUUCAGUGAUGCAUCCAUGUGAAAGAGUAGUUGCUUUAGAAUUGAACAGUGACUUGGAUGUUCUUUGUGUGCAAGGUGAUGUGUUAGAUCCGCAAGACAAUGAACUCCAAGUUCCUUCUGACACUCGUGUCGCUGAUGGAAAUCUUGGGACUUCAUCUUUCAAUUUGAAGAGUAUGGAUAAUGUUGCUUGUGUUGGUGAUGCUGUUAACCAUAAAACUUGCAGCAAGAGUGUUGGUCUACAACCUGGCAAGAACUUCUACCUGAAUCGCCUUGCUUUUGAGGACCAUAGCUCUUCAGGUCAUGAUUCUGUUAUUUCCUUGCCAGAGCUUCUUCAUCCUAUUCAAAGUUUAUCACAAAUAUUUAUUGCAACAUUCACAAGUGACAUUUUAUGGUUUUUGUCAACCUGUGAGAUUCCCAGCCAUCUGCCAGUAACAGUUGCUUGCCAUAGUACAGAGAGAUGUUGGAGUUCAAGCACUGAAAGUAGAACAUCUGCGCCUUACCCAGAAUUUCCAAACUUAAUCGUAGUGUAUCCCCCAUUCCCUGAGGCCAUAGCUUUUGGUGAAGACCUGAAAAGACAUGGCAUUGGUUGCCAUCAUCCAAAAUUGUUUGUUUUACAGAGAGAUGAUAGUAUUCGUGUUAUCAUUACCUCUGCCAAUUUAGUGCCAACACAGUGGAAUGCGGUAACCAAUACCGUCUGGUGGCAAGAUUUCCCUCGCAGAAGUGCUCCUGAUUAUUCAUCACUUUUUACUCAAUUUCCCGGCAGGGAAGUAAAUCAAGACUCAAAAUCGGAUUUUGCUUCAUAUCUGGCUGGAUUUCUAGCAACUCUACUGACCGAUGUACCAAGUCAGGCCCAGUGGAUUGUUGAGUUGGCAAAGUAUGAUUUUGGAGGAGCAAUGGGACAUUUGGUUGCUUCUAUACCUGGAAUCCAUUCAUAUAAAACUCCCUAUAUAAUAGAAUCCAGAAACUCUGUGUGUGUAAGUGUUUUCAGGUCAUCUGGUAUGAAAUUCCUUGGAUCAGUUGAAACAUCUGUGGUCGGCCUAAGCUACCUCUUUCACAAUGCAACAGAUGCAAAUGGUGCAAAGCUGAAGAAACUGGCUUCAUUUCUCAGGAAAUCUUGUGAAGCAAAAGAUUUAUCAAUUGUCUUAACAAGAAACACAAAUAUACCUGCUGAUGCAAAUGCAGUGAGCAUUCAUGUGUCAAAUCCUAACAAGUUCUCUGAGAGAGAUUGCGUUCAACUUGGGUUUUUGCCUAAAAACAUUGCAAAAUGGAUCUCUCCACUCUGGGAUAUUGGGUUUUUUAGAUUCUCAGGUUACGUAUGUCCUAAAGAAGCCGUUGGAGCAGCUCUAGGAGGAAACAACAAGAAAGGACCACAGUUUCAGGAUAUAUCAAAGAUGAUGCAACCUCAACAUGUUAUUGCAUUAUGCUCUUUGGUUGCAGCAAUUGAAAGGUGUACAGGCCUCUGGCGCUUGCAGGAGGUUUUAGGUCAAUAUAAAUGGCCUGAAUCGCUUGAGUCUGAGUUUGUUUAUGGUGCAUCUUCAAUUGGGUCAAUCAAUGCAAAAUUUUUAGCCGAAUUUUCAGCAGCUGCAGGAAAGAAAUCAUUUCAGUUUGAUUCUGAGGAGUCUGAUCCAGAGUGGGGAUGUUGGAAUGCUCGUCAUGAAUCAAAGGAUCCAUCCAUUAGAAUCAUUUUUCCAACCAUCGAAAGAGUGAAGAAUGCACGUAGUGGAAUUUUUCCUUCAAAACGUGUUCUUUGCUUCUCUGAGAAAACAUGGCAAAGGCUGAGGACAGUAGAUAUACUUCAUGAUGCAAUUCCUCAUCCCUAUGAUAGAGUGGGAUAUCCAAUGCAUACCAAGUAUCCUCUUAUCUGUAAGCAGGUGGCCCGAAGACGGUUCCAGUCUAGGACAGAUGCAUCUUCAUGUGGUUGGGUUUACUGCGGGUCACAUAACUUCAGUGCAGCUGCCUGGGGACGUUCAAUUUCCACUCCAUCUAGUUUAAAAACAAAUGGAAUAGGGAAUGUCAAUUCAUCUCCGGAUCAUAUGCUACAUAUUUGCAAUUAUGAACUCGGGAUCAUUUUCACCUUUCCCCAAACAGAGACAGACAGUAAUGCCAAUCAAAAUAGCACAAACUUGGAUGAUGUUGUUUUGCCAUUUGUGGUGCCUGCUCCAAAAUACAAGCGAGGAGACAGGCCAGCAACGAGGCUGGCUAUGUGGCAGGCAUUAGCUGAACUUACUGAAAAAGAGAGAGAAAAACAUAGAGAGGAAGAGAUUCAGGCAGAAGUUAUGGAAGAGAUUCCAGAUGAAGAUGAAGAUGUCGAGGCAACUGAUUUUGUUGUUGAAGAGAAGGAAGAUGAGAAGGCUUACGCUGAGAUUCUUUGGAGCCAAUCAUCUGAGAGCUGUUGAAAUCCUGUCUGAAGCGAAAUGCUUGAUACUAGAAGCAGAGAGAGUUGACAAGCAAUGUGUAAAUGCUUCUUUAUGAAGAUAGGAAGUGCAUCUCUCAGCAAGAUGUGUGCUAAAUGCAAGAAGUAGGUUGUUUCAGAACUUAUCAGAUCAGUCGCAUUGGACACUGCACUGGGAUCUCUUCGGGUUCAGGAUUGGCUCGAGGUGAGGGAAUGUCCCAUGUUAUGUGGAGAAUGGAGAUGUCGAUGAAAUUUCCUUAUGUGAUUGAAUGGGAUCUCUUAACAGAAUGGGGCAAGUUGCUCAAUGCCUACCACUACUUCGAAAGUGUUGGAUCAUUAUAGGCAAAAAUGAAAGAAUGUUUGGGCAGAGUGGUCCUGUCAUUGUCCUCUAGAGCUGCUAGCCUGCCAGCAGGUCCCGGAAAGUCGGUUGAAAUUGGUGCUGCUUCUUCAAAGUACUGGUACCCCCUUUCCCCUUUUGCAUCACAUUGUACAAGACAUUAGGAAUGUAGGUUAAGGUUGCAUGCUGAACCAGACUUUCUCAUAGGACUCAAAUUGAUAUUUUCGUUUUGGGUUAGAGGCUCAAAUUGAUAGUUACGAAAGAGUAGCGUAUCAAACUGAACCGAGUCAGCCGUCCUAUG